AUGGAAGAGCAGCAGCAUUACGUGUCUGCUCCACCCACACCUCUUGGCCUUCAAGAUAAGAACGAGUCGACCGCCAAACCAACCACCACCAAGCUGUUCAGUCAGCUGCCGAACCCUCUCGCCACUGCAUCCAUUUUGUCUAUCAUGGUGGUGCAUUGGCUGCAGCCUCUGGUCGUGCUCGGAGCCAAGCACGUUCUCGAGAAAGAGAACAUCUGGCCAGUGUGCGAAAGCGACUCGUGUACGUCGCUUGGAACCCGGUUUCUCAAGGUGUACAAGCCGCACAAGAAGCUGCCGUUCGUACUCUCACCCGUCGCCAUUGCUUUUAUUGCCACGUUCAAACGCGAGAUAGUCGUUGUGCUUGGCAACUGCUUGUUGUACAUUUUCGCGCUGUCCAUGCAAUCCGGAUACUGGCUAGUGGCUAUCAUGGCGGUAGCAUCAAUUGUUGCAGUGAGCUCACUCAACUACGCGUUCUUCGUUUCAUCUAGAACGGGUGCUAACAUGCGAUCGCUGGUCAUGGAUCUGGUGUACCAGAAGUCCCUACGUCUAUCGUGUGUGGCGCGUCAACAGUAUUCAACAGGCGAGGUGUUGACACUCAUGAGUGUUGAUACCGAACGUGUAUUCACUGUGAUGAUGGAGAGUCCGUGGCUUGUGGUCGGACCCGUGAGUUUCAUCAUUUCCGUUGUACUCGUCGGGUUUCUCUUCGACUUUUACUCUGCAGCGGGUGGAGCUAUCGCUUUGAUCGUUAUCAGCAUUAUAUCGGUGCAGUUGGGCAAUACCAUUGCACGGAUUCAGCACGAUCUUCUGACUGUGAUCGACGAACGUGUGAAAGUCACGUCCGAGUCGUUGCAAGGGAUUCGUGUCAUGAAGUUUUACGCUUGGGAAGAAUCGCUCGCACUCCGCGUCGAGAAGAUUCGCGCCAAGGAGAUUACGCUGCUGCGCAAGUUCCACCGGUACCAAGUCGUCAACACAGUAAUGCUCUUCCUCACUCCGGCGUUCCUGUCUGGAGUUACACUUGGAAUCUGCGUGGCUGUCAAUGACACCAUCUCGGUUAUCGAUGCCUUCACUCUCAUCGCCAUGGUCAACAUCUGCCGAACUGCGUUGAUCCAGCUCCCUGUCGCCAUUUCCGCGUUCUCGCAGGCUCGGAUUGCGUUCGCUCGAAUCGAUCUGUACCUUUCCAGCGACGAGUACGGCCAAGUGCAAUUGGAGAAUGGCGCAGCCAACGUUUCUGUGACUUCUGCUGCUGCUGUCGGUAGUAUAUCCGUUCGUGACGCUGACUUCGAGUGGCCAUUGCCCAGCAACACGCCUGGUGUCGUGGUGAUGCGAGACACGUUUGAACGCCUGAACAAGAAGGUGGUGGAUGAAAACGCUAGCAUGUACAUCACGUACUGGUCGGCAGGUCGAUGGUUAGCGGCACGGCUUGACAUGCUGUCGGUGGUUAUUAUCGUCAUUGUCACGGCAUAUCUCGUGUCGACGAAUGGCGAGCUGAGCGCAAUGACCGCGGGUCUCUCGCUCACAUACUCGUUGAUGUUGACAGCUGUGGUGCAAUGGGUCACAUGGUCUGCUGACCAGGUUGACAGCGCCAUGACGAGUGUGGAGCGACUGCUGCAUUUCCGAAAUAUUCCACAUGAAGAAGACGCACCCGACUGCACUCCGAUCAACAGCGCUGUGUGGCCUUCGCAAGGUGCCAUCAAGUUUGACAGCCUGUGCCUCAAGUACCGGCCGGAGCUGCCACUGGUGUUGCGUGGAGUGAGUAUGGACAUUCGUGGAGGGGAGAAGGUCGGAAUCUGCGGACGCACGGGAGCUGGUAAGAGUUCACUCAUGAUCGCGCUGUUCCGCAUCUGCGAGUUCGAUAGCGGUAGCGUGGUUAUCGACGGGCUGGACAUCUCGAAGCUCAAGCUGCACGACCUGCGACGCAGCCUCGCCAUCAUCCCGCAAGAUCCCGUUCUGUUCAGUGGACCAUUACGAGAGAACUUGGACCCGUUCGGCGAGUACACGGAUGCUGAGAUCUGGACCGUGUUGCAGCAGGUUCACAUGGCUGACAGUCUGGCCAAGUGGGGUGCGGGGCUCGAUUUUGAGGUGUCUGAGUGUGGUGAUAACCUGUCGGUGGGGCAGCGUCAACUCGUGUGUAUCGGUCGUGCUCUUCUUAAGAACAGCAAGAUCGUCGUACUGGAUGAGGCUACCGCCAACGUGGACACGGCCACCGACGCGCUCAUCCAAGCCACCAUCCGGCAGACGUUCGCCGACAAGACCGUGCUGAUCAUUGCGCACCGCAUCAAUACGAUCAUGCACUGCAACAAGAUCGCGGUCAUGGACGUCGGCCAGGUGGCUGAGUUCGGGUCACCCGCGGAGCUGUUGGCGCAGUCAGAAUCGAUCUUCGCGUCCCUGGUACACUGCUCCAAGACGAAAUCAUGA